CGAUGAUCCAGAAGGAGCACAUGCACUAAAUGUCAGCAUGAUAGGAUGGUAACUAUCGCUGACGCUCCUGACGCAGAACAAUACAUAAAUACCUACAGAAUCUUCGCUGUGGUACUUCUACCAUUUCUCAUACUAGAAGAAGUUCACCUGUCUUUAUUUUGUCAUUGCCGUACAAUUUCAAUUCCAUUUCCAGCAAAAGACAAUUAUGUCCCGCCUCCUCGAUCUGUGCGAGGAAGACAAACAGCGGAUCGGGGUCCUGAUGCAAAAAAUUUCCGAGGAAAGAAGCGGAAGGGAAAAGGCCGAAGCGAAUUUAGCCGCCUGGAGGGAGAAGUGUGCGAAGUGCUUCAAGCUACUCCGCUUGUACCAAAAGCUCUAUCAGGAACUACAACAGGAGCACGAAGCGGCGCUCGGUGCUGGGAAUGGGGGACAGACGAGAGGUACUAGGGAAAAAGUAGAAGGCGAUGCUCAGUGCAGGAGAGGUGGCGCUGGUCGUGCAGAAGAGGUGGAAGUUCUAGAAACAGAAGGCAGAAUCAAGCGAGAUGACAGCUUAUCACGAUCAUCCCCGAGUAGAAAUAACACGGCCACUUCCUCUGCUGUUGCUCCUGCUGCCGAAAAGUGUGACGCAGCAGUAGCGGAAACAGUGCGUCGAAGCCGGAAAUCUACUUCUGCGAAGGAUGUCCAGGGCGAGAAUGGUGGUGACUCUCAUCACAAAGGCAAUGGUGCAAAGUCCCCAGCACGACAAAGUUCCUCGUCAUCUACAUCUACGUCAUCCACGCCAGAUGAAAGAAACAGAUCACCCGCCGCACGAGAUGGACCUCCGCCUCCGUCUUCCCCACCGAGGAACAAGAAUUUUUUCCGCGAUUCUCUGCUCGCUAAUUCCACGCUCCGGCCUGCGCAACUGGCACUGCUGAGACGGUUCAUGGACGGGAGGGAGGAAAAGAAAAACAGAGCCAGAAAAAGGUCUCUAUCCCGCGAAGAACGUAGAACCACUCAAGGAGGCAGCAACACGCUCUUCUUGAGGACCAGGUCGUCGUCACAGGCACAGCAGCACACGACCCUACCCGCCAGUCCGCAGCAGCAGCAGAGGAGGACAAACCUUACGAAUCUGGGGGAGUUGCAGCAUCCGGAAGAUACUGAACAGGAACAACAUGGCGAUGACCAGCGGAAACCGCACGUCGUUUUCGGAAGCGCAGCAGCAAGGCCAACAGCUGCGAGUUUUCCCAAAAAAGGAGUGGUGGAAACCGAAACACAGACGGAGGAAUCGAGCUUCAUGGUCGUGAUUGACGAAGACGAAGUAGACCGAGGUUCGUCUGGUCGCGUUGCACCACCACGACAGGGGCAGGGCUGGUCGUCGUGUGCAGUCCGACGGGGUGCGCCGGUACAAGAACCAUCUUCAUAUAAUUAUCCUCAUCAGCUGUCCACACCGACACCAGCACGCCAAAGUUUUGGUGACGUGCGGCUCGUAUCAUACCAAAAAGUGUUAACGUUAAUGGAAUUUCGCAUGCAGGAAUGCACGAGAAAUAAUGACGCCCAAAUUUGUAUUGUAUUGCAUAGCAUGCAUGAUAGCGAAAGUUUGUCAUGCAUGACUGCAAUGCCCCAAAACGAAAACCGUUAACGUUAGCACUUUUUUGCUUGAUAGCUCGGAAGCGGGUUUUACGAUCAGUCAAUGUUCGACCUGAUUCAGGAUCUCAACACGUCUAGUAGCAGCGGUGCUUAUCCUGUGCAGAAGUAUCGUACUUGUAUUGCAGCCAUGCAUCACAAAUCAUCUUGUUAACGCAAAUCAGCAUUACAAAUUUUAUUUCUCAUGCUGAGAAAAUAAUUUGUAAUGCAUUUAUACGAGUACGAUACUUUUGCAAUGCAUAGUGCUGGUCGUUCUGCAGUGGCCGCCUUCACCUCCGGCGCUGGUGGUGGGGGCUACAUUCAUCUCCAAGAAGAUGCUGCGUUUGGCAGUACCAGUACCUCCGGCCGUGCAGGUUGUGACCCCGCAGAAGCAGAUUUGCAAGGUUUGGACGAGUUUGCGGUGAUUGAGAAGCAGCUCGACCUGCUGGAAGAGCAGUAUGAAGUGCAAAAAUGUCUGGGUCCGGGAGGAUGGAACUUGUGAUGCGUCCUGUGGGUCACACAAAAAUCUGUGUUGCGUGAUCACCAAAAGUUGUCCUGUUUUGUUGACCAACAUGAGCGAGAGUUUCUCAUGCAGGGGAGGCAUGAUAGAGACUUCGCGGGAUCUGUCAUGCUAGGUCCUGCUACAUUCCAGACCUCAUGGAGCAUGGAAAAUAUGCAUGGCAAACCUGCAUUCUUGUUCCAGACCCAGACACUAUUGCAUUUGAUAAGCAGCUGGAAAAGACGAUGUUGGACAACAGAUUUUCUACUGCAGCGCAAAAGUCGGCAGACGAUGACGAGCCACGCGGAGGUUGUCGCCGAGCCAGCAGAAUUCCUUCGACGCACAGAAGAAGGAGCUCCUCCUGUGCAGGAACCUCGAAUCAAGCUGAAGUUUUGGCUCCUGUACGACGACACGCUCUUCCCAGUCCACGAACGAGACAUCCUGCUGCAGCUUCUAUGAGUGGCGAAAGUAUCGUAUUCGUACGUAACAACUUGCGAUUAUCGGAUGACAGCUCUACCUCUACUUUCCCACCCGCAUUUUUCGCAUGACAAAUCUGAGCUUGCUCUCUGGAAAAAUUUUUUGCCAUGCAACCUACACGUAGUUUAAUAAACGAUACUUCUUUUGCAAUGCAUAGCUUCGACAACAAAACAAAAACCGCACAUCGACAUCCAGAUGCUGCGGGCGUGUCUGAAUGGCGACGUGGAGGUGGAUAUCAACUGUAAAAAUGUCUGGGUCUGGAAGGUUAGAACUUGUCAUGCUAAAUCUGAAUGAUGCAAAAAUCUGUGUUGCGUGAGUACCAAAAGCUGUCCGCUUUUGACCAAGUUGAGAGGGAGUUUCUCAUGCAGCAGGAAAGGCAUGAUAGAGACCUCAAAAAAUCUGUAAUGUUAGGCCCUGCAUUCCAGACCUCAUGGGUCAUCGUCAUGGAGAAGCUGCAUGACAAAUCGCGCAUUCUUCCAGACCCAGACAUUUUUACACUUGAUAGUGGAUGAGGUGCGAGAAGAAAAACCGGACCUGAGUCAUCCGCUUUUAGCAGCUCCUACCGGGGUCGGGGGCAUGCCAGACGCUAGUCGUGGAACAGCCGGUGGCGCUGUUGAAGGUCGUGCAGGAGCACAACAGCACCGGUUGGAGUUCAUUGCAACAGCCCAGGUGGACGAGGUUCCUACUUCGCAGCCCCACCCGCUGGUGCACGGAAUAAAACCUGCUUCAUGGACGGUCGCAUCUUCAAGUACGGCUGCGCAGGAUUUUUACCAGCAGAAGAGCAAGAGCGCGGGGCACUACACGACGUACAGGAGUUGUCCUCAGCGCGGCGGCCACGCGGCGGUUUUUUUCCAGCAGGACAAAAACUCGGAGGAGGACAUGCGUCGAACUCCAGGGUUUAUGGAGGUGGAAGAUGAGGUGUCGGAGCUCAUUUCGCUGAUGAAUUGAAAAAAGUUGGAUAUUGUGUGCUAACUGGGUGCACCAAGACACAUGAAGAAAUCGAACAAGCUAGAGCUACUAGCGAAUUAGAUUUAUUAAGCUUUCUUGUGAAGAUGUAUAAAUAAAAAGUUCAACAUUACUG